AUGGGCGUGGACACCGUGCCUCCACAACGAAUAGAAGCCGGUGGGGGUGAAGGCCCGGGGCCCCCAAGCAACAACAACUCCGAUGGGGCAAUCGCCAGUCCCCCGAGAGAUGACAAUCACAAUGCCCAGCUGCCCUCUCCUAGAGCCACACCGCUUACACCUUCAGAUGACGAUAAUAUAUCAGUAAAAGAGUAUUUCAUAGAAUUUAUACCUGUGAACGAAUCGACUGAUGCAAGACUAACUGAAGUACUUAUUGCUGUUUCAAAUAAAUAUGGACUGGAAUUAAACGAUUAUAAUGGUCGGGAAGCGUUGAAGGCAUUCAGCGAGCGCCUGACUGAUUGGGAAAGGAACGAGAUACGCAAAUAUCCAGAAGUAUGGUUUCUUGGCCUUGAGUCGAAUAAGAUUCAUGCGCGCUCAAAUCUGCCAAACAAUUGUGGAUUUGAUGAUGAUAAUGGCAGUUAUACCAAGCAAAUUCACGAUCACAUAGCAUACCGCUACGAAAUCCUGGAGGUGAUCGGAAAGGGAUCUUUUGGGCAGGUGAUAAGAGCGUUUGACCACCGCUCAGGGUCACAAGUGGCAAUUAAGAUUAUCAGGAAUAAGAAACGGUUUCAUCACCAGGCGCUUGUUGAGGUUCGAGUCCUAGAUCACCUACGACUUAAGGACAAGGAUCAAGCCCACAACGUUAUACAUAUGCUGGAUUACUUCUACUUCAGAAAUCAUUUGUGUAUCAGCUUUGAGCUUAUGAGUAUAAACCUGUAUGAGUUGAUUAAGAAGAACAAUUACCAGGGCUUCAGUCUCAGUUUAAUCAGAAGAUUUGCCAGCUCGCUACUCCGCUGCUUGAGGCUACUGGAAGCUGAAAACAUUAUACAUUGCGACCUUAAACCAGAGAACAUACUCCUGAAAGCACGUGGCAGUUCCUCAAUCAAAGUGAUUGACUUUGGUAGCUCGUGCUACACACAUGCGAGAGUCUACACAUAUAUUCAGUCCAGAUUCUACCGCAGCCCUGAAGUCAUACUGGGACUUCAGUACGGAACGCCCAUUGAUAUGUGGAGUAUGGGAUGUAUCCUUGCGGAGCUUCAUACGGGUUAUCCCCUCUUCCCGGGAGAAAAUGAAACGGAGCAACUAGCUUGUAUCAUGGAGCUGCUGGGUCCACCGCCACCGGACCUCCUAUUACACGCUACAAGGAAGAGAUUAUUUUUUGAUUCCAAAGGAUCACCGCGCAGUGUGACUAACUCAAAGGGUCGGAAACGUCGACCUGGGUCCAGGGCUCUGUCAACAGCUGUGAGGAGUGACGACUCAGCAUUCUUGCAUCUGCUCCAUCGAUGUUUAGAGUGGGAUCCAAAACGACGUAUCACCCCAACCGAAGCCUCCCGACACGAAUUUGUUACUGGAUGUCCUCUGGGUGCUUCGACCCUUCUUGCGUUACCACGACUACCACCGCCAAGACCUGCUAGGAGUGCCCUUCUCCACUCCCAGUCAGCAGGGGACGUAGCAGCCAUGCUUGGUCGGGCGUGA